AUGCCCAAUUCCAACGUCCGCAGUCAUAUUGGAAUAUACACUCGCAUUCUCCUCACUCUCCUAUUGGACAAAAGUGCACGGCCAACCCCUAAGGAUAUGAAGCUUUGGGUGGACGUCCUCCGCUUUAUCAAACGCGGCGCCACCGGCGGUGCUUUAGGGUUCUUCACCUAUAUGGAAUUGACUAUUUGGCUACUUGGAUUUCAUUUGUUGCGACCGGACAGGCUGCGAUGGCUUUUCUUUAUCAUGAAUGGCUGGGGUGUGUAUACAUCGAGAUAG